AAAAUAAACAUGUCUACUUCACAUCGGACGUCAUUUUAAUUGUAAAACUUUUUCAAAUUUCUCCCAAAAUUUAUUGAAAUUUUCCACCAUCUCUUCGAUAAAUUAAAAAUUCAAUAUUUAAAUUAUAAUUUAAACUAUAAAUGAUGUGAAAAUGUGAUCAAUUAAUGUGGAAAAUUUCUUUGUGAAAAUCGCAUUUAUCCAAUUCCAACCAAAAAACAACUCCAACUAAAACCCAGCCAAAACCAACUAAAAGAUAAGUGGACAAAGCUUCAGAGACAACAAAAAAACAAUCAUUGAACUCUCUCUCUCCCCUAAAAACCUUAAAACCAGAUCAUUUAUCUCGUCUGUGGAGCUUCGAAAACCGUUUGAAUUAUAUUUCGUUUGCGUUUAGUUCUGCUCCACGAUUAUGAUAAAAUAAUAAAAAAAAAAAAUCAAUAAACCGCAAUAAAAUAACAAAAAAAAACCUUCAUAUCAGUGAUAACUCAUAACCCACAAGAGUCACAAAGAACUUGGAAAACAAAAAAAAAAAAAAAUUCAAUAUGACUCCACUUGGAAGAAGAAGAACAAAUUUAAUAUUUACACUCGAAUCUUCGUCGUCGAGGAGAACAACGUACAUUUCUUAGAUUAAGGUUUUGGAAUGGAGAAAAUUUGACAGUUGUUCGAGUCUUCCACGACGCCGAAGAAGAUUCGCAUAAUUCUAAUUUUCAAAUAUUCAUCAGCAUAACACAACAAAUUGACAGGUGUAGUUUAUACAGAUAUUUACCAUAAAGAGUACAACUCUGACUUACUACACCUGCAAUAAUUCUUAACAUACAUAUAUAAAGUAUAUACAGUGUUAUUCAUACGAAACUAAAACAAACAAACAAAAUCAAAAUGGGUGGAAACGUACAAUGUCCCGUUUGUACACUGUUUCUGCUUCCGGGCAUGAAUUUGUCGGACCAUCUGGAAACCCACCCAAAAGAACAGGUCAUAAAAGCCUUAGUUCAAAUGAGUCUUAAAACUGAAACAUCUGAUACGUCAACAGCACCAGAUACUCCUAAAAAAGCCAACAAAAGUUCUAUCUCAGAGCCCGAUGAAACCUCUCAUCAAGCCACAGAAGAUGAACGAACUUCUCCGAUAUCGGAAAUUAGUGGCAGUUUGAGUGACACUGCUCCUGCUCCGGUAGAACCGGUACAUACAAAAAGGACUGAAAAAGAAAGCAAUAAUGCAUUGCUCCAAGCUGCAAGACCUUCAAACGUAUCCCUGAAUAGACAGGGACAAGGAUACAUUUUUGAAAGUAGCAGCAGCAACAGUAGCAAUAGCACUGUCUUUGGACCACCGACUCCAUAUUAUCAUCAUCAACAAACACAGCAACAACAACAACAAAAUCAACAACCACAUAAUCAUCAACAACAUCAUCAUCAACAACAACAACAGCAACAGCAACAUCAUCAACAACAACAAAAUCAUCAUCAUCAACAGCAGCAUCAGCAACAUUUAAAUCAAAACUUUCAACCUUAUCAUGGUCUCCCACACGGUGGAAACAAUAACUUCACUGGACAUGGACCAACACAUCCUCCAAUGCGACUUUUCUCCUAUCAACCAACACCCAAGCCAUUGCAGCCACCGCCUGCAUAUGGUGCCGCCAUAAGUCAACUUCGAUCUCAAAAUAGCCAAAAUUUAAUGUCAAACCCCAUUCAUCGACCGCUGUAUUCUCCUGGAAACUACACCCUUCCAUCAUCGGCAUCGACGUCAGCCUCAACAUCAUCGACACCAUCGCGUUUACCACCUCCGCUUCCACCACCACCUCUUAAUCAACGUUAUCAGUCUAAUUUUGAAACAAUGGAUACUACCUUCACUGAAUCGGAAGAUACAAACGCAAUAUCUCCAAGACGAACUUCAAUGACUCCACCAAUAAGACCUCCCCCACAAUUAUAUCGUUCACCUCAAUCUUCAUCAAAUGCCCAAUUCAGUCGACAGUCAAGCUCGCCCUACUCAGUUAUGUCAGGCUCACCAUCUGUCCUGCGAUUUGCUGAGUCUCCUGUUACAGCGCACUAUCUAGAACGAGAAAAUGGUGAUUUCAUUGUACAAGAAACACCCAAACAUGUCGUCGAGUGUGUUGAAAAAGAUGAUGGAGAAUUUUCUGUUAUCGAACGAGUCUAUCAUAUGCCACCGAGUGUUGUUCAAAUAAAUGAAGACGAAGAAGAUGACUUGUCUGAACACGGAUCAAACAGUGAAGAUAUCAAACUAAAUGAAGAUGAUCAUCAAAAUGAGAGUUGGACUAGUGGAGGAACCUCGACGGAUCAAGGGCAAUUAACACAAGCAACACCACAACCGCAAAAGAAAUCCGGUAUAACCGUACUCAGUGAUGUACAAUUAGACUUAAGUGAAUAUCUAGAUCUAGUUGGUAAUAUUAUAGCUUCUGGCAAAGUUGCUAAAAAUCGUUCUGAAUUGAUAAAGAUUGAAAAAUUCGAACCGGAAGAAGUUAAAGAAGAAGAUUCAAUAAGUCUGGAUGAUGAAGAUGUUGAAGCUGCCGUUUUAAUAAAUAACGAUCAUAGCGGAAAUGUCGAAGAACCGAAAUCACAACAAAGCAACGAGCCCUAUUGCCCUAUUUCAUUAGCAUCAUCUUUUUCCAAAUUGGAACCGUGUGGAUUAUCAUCAGUGACUCCUCCGGGAACAACGAGUGUUAUUCGAUUGGCUGCAACAGGCAAUGCAAAAACCAAUACAGCCCCAACAAUUGCAACUGGAAGGGGAUCAAAGAUUGAAAAAUCUACUAAUAAUAAACCCUCUACGUCACUUAAAACAACGACAAAAGUCGAGGAACAAAUGGAUGAAACUAAGGUUGAGGAAGAAAAACCUUCAACUAGCCUUAAAAUAGAAUUGGAAUCAACAAGCAAUAGUAAGUCAUCUGAUAUGGAUGUGGAGUUAGCUGGAACCAGCACACCUACAAAUAACAAGACUGAGGAAGCAAUCAAAGCAACAAAUUUAGACAAUUUAAUACCCCAAGCUCCAGUAGAAGAUAUUUCUACACAGCCAACAGAUGAGAUACCAACAGCAAAAUCUGUUAGCAAAGAAGAAGUAAACAUACCAACUAGUUCGUUUCAAACAACAACAUUGAAACGACCUUUAAAGAAAGGUCCAAAAAAGCUCAUUAUCAAACCUAAAAACAAAGAUUUUGCUAGUACAUCUAAAGCAAUAACGGCAACUCCACGCAUUGAUCCCAUGCCGCCAAUUCAAAUACAAAUGCCAAUACCAUCUACCUCGACGACUGACACUUCCAAUCUACCACAACAACAGCAAAAGGAAGAAGUUACUAUAACAGAAGAUUCCUCACCACGAGACGAACUGAAUAGUAUUAAGAUAGAAAGUUUAUCUUCUGUUACAUCGGAUCCGAUUCUCUUAAGACCAUUGCUAGCCGAUCCUGAUGAGAAACUUCCGCCUGAAGAUGAUGUGGUUCCACCUGAACCUCAACCAUCUACAUCUGCAAAUUCAAUAUCGCCAGAAGAAAAACACAACACAGAGGAGUUCAACUUAGAAGAGCAGAAAUCAACCGCCGAAAUAACAGCACUCAUUAAUGAAUGUUUGAAAAAAGAAGAAGAAGAGGAGGAACAUCCAAUGCAUUCAAUAUUUGGAAUGGACAUUAGAGCCACCGAAGAAACUCUAAGCAAUGCACUGACUGCACCACAACCAAAUCCUGAAUUCCCAUCUCCUUCUUUGUUUGCGAAGCCAAUGACAUCUUUGACAUCGGAGAAUCUAUCGAUUUCAGAAUCCAUGCUUCUUGAUGGCAGUAAUUUGCAUGAACCAAACGAUCACCAACUACACCAUCACCAACAGCCCCAACAUCAACAAAGUAACUCUAACUUUGUAGAGUAUCCAUUUAGUUUCCUCUAUGGCGGUGAUGCAAAUCAGCAAGAUGAGGAGGACAAACACAAUAUCCCAGCACCUAUUUACUGUACUGAGGACUUUAACAAAUACAGCGCAAGUACAAGUGGAGGCAACAGUGCUAGUUGCACCUGGUAUCAGUCACAAAGUAGUGAAAAUGAUUUCGAAAUGGACGGAAAAGGUAGUUAUCUGGAUUUGGAUUCCUGCAAACGAAGUACCUCGUUUGCAGCUGCCACUGAGGGUAGUAUGCCGACUUCGGAUGCACUGAAUAUUAGAACAGAUGAAAAGAUGCCAGCAAAGGGUGAGAUCUCAGAACAAGAAAGCAAUUGUGGUGUGGAGAACUCAUGGAGUCAGCCGCUUUACAAUGAAUUUGCGGUACGCUUUCCGAAUCCAUAUCAAAAUUUCAUGGCGAAUCAUGAGAGCUGGAGUCAAGAUCAUUACUUUCGCCCUCAGGAUUUGAGUUCAUCUGUUGAAACAAAAAAUUUCCCUUUGCGAACAACAGAAGAACCAUCAGCAGUCAUUGAUUCACUUCCAUCAACAUCAAAGCGAAAGAACAAAGAAGCGAUCACAAAAGUGCCUCGCAAGAAGAACUUCCAGUGCACCCACUGCAACACGCACUUCCCACUGCUUAAAGAGAAGAACGCACAUAUGAUUAAACAACACGGUUAUAAACGUGUUAACCGUCGACUGAUACGUGACCCACCGACAUCAACUGUUACCACAGCAACUCUGAAUGCAGUUGAUCCCGCUGCUGGAGCUGCUCCUUUGUUACUUGGUUUGGAUGGAAUUGCACCUCCAUCCUUGCCAAUUGGCGAAGAAGAUGAAGACUCCAAAGCGGCAAUUGUUAAAAUCGAACAAGAGAACCAAGAUUGCAAGAAUAAAAAUCUAUCCAACUUGGCCAUAAGUAGCAACAAAGUAACAUCUUCGUCAACAGCGGUGACAAACAGUGCAACAAGUGCAUCACGCACCAAAUAUGACUCGAUGCGGGCACGAGAUAAUCGAAUGCUUAUCAAUUUCAAUUUGAGUGCACUGAAUGUAAAAAAUGAAGGCGAAGUACACAACUAUUACUUGGAAUCUAAAUCGUCAUUUUGCUGCUUCGUAUGCAAGCGGGACUUUCUUACUGUUAAGCUUUUUGACGAGCAUUUAGUUGAGCAUCCCGCCGAAUGUUUUACAUGUCACAAGAAAUUUACCAGAUGGAAAAACUUUAUGGUUCAUUUAAAGCGACAUUUGGGUUGGAAGGAUUUCGCAUGCACAUAUUGUGAAAAGAAAUUUGUUAUACGUAGCGCUCUGGUAGAACACAUGCGAAUGCAUACCGGCCAGACACCAUUGAAAUGUAAAAUUUGUGGCAAGAGCUUCAAACGUUAUUCGAAUUUAACUCAGCAUCGAAAACGACACGGUACCAAAAUCAAUCGUUCCAAGGAGUACGUUUGUUUUUGCGGCGAAGUUUUACCAUCGAAAGCUCGCUUUAUCUGGCAUAAAGAGACUCACGAUCUAAAGCCAAAAUGCUGUCCAUAUUGCAGAGAUAGAUUUGUGCAUGCGAAUAGCUUGCGGCGUCAUAUAAGACUAGCACAUUCUGACAAAUUCGACUACACCGAACCGAUGGAGUGUCCCAUGUGUAAGCAAAUAUAUGCCAAAUCCAGUAUCAAAGCCCACAUGGCUACUCACUCGAUGGAUACACAACACGAGUGUCUGAUUUGUAGCAAAUCAUUUAGCACUAAGUGGAAUUUGAAGAUACACAAUUGGGUGCAUGCCAAUCGCACUACAAAGCCCUUCAAGUGUGAGCAAUGUGUAAAGGCGUUUGUGCGCGAAGUAGACUACAACAAUCACAUUAAUUCGCAUAAACAAAUCAAGCCCUACACUUGCGAACAUUGCGGAUGCAAGUUCAUUCGCAAAUAUAACUACAUUCGGCACAGACGCGAGCACCACGGCAACAAGAAGUUUACCUGUGAUCUCUGCGGCAAGCUUUUCCACCGGCACUACUAUCUGAUCGAACAUCGGCGCAUUCACACUGGCGAACGACCAUUCCAGUGUACGAUAUGUGGCAAGAGUUCCACCACAAAGACUAACCACAACAAACAUUUGAAGAUUCAUCAUUCACGGGAUCCGUUCACCUCGGAGGCGUAAAGUAUUAAAUAUUUUAUAAACCUUCUCCUAAUUUUUAGUAAUAUUAAUAAUAAUAUAAAAAUUGUCUCUUACUACCUUUGGUAUAAUUUUAAUUGAAUAGAAUUUUUUAAGUUUUUUUUUUUUAUUUAGAUUUUUACUUUUUUGAAUUUUUUUUAUUUUGAUUUUGUUUUUUUUUUAUCUUAUCAAGGUAUUUUUCUCCUACUUCAGUGCAAUCAUUGUUAUAAAGUUUUUUUUAAUAAGAUUUUUUUUUAAAUUAAGUGACACAGAGAUAUGGUUUAAAAUAAGAACUGUGAGUGAGAAUGUAAAAAAAUGGAUAGUGUUUGAAUAAUUUUUCUUUUCUUUUUUUUUGUAUUCUUAGUUUUUUUUUAUCUUGUAAACCCAAAGACUAAAAUGAAAAAAAAAAUGGAAUAUCUGGGAAAUUGUGUGAUUAUUACUGCAAUCGAUAAAUAGUUUUCAUCAAAUACAAUGAAAAUAAAAAAAGUUGUUUAACAAAAAU